ACUCAUCAUAGAGCUCCAGUUGCCGCGUGACCGCUGUAACCGCUGGACAGCCGUCAAAAUCAUAAACGUAAAACUAUCCACCAAGAACUUGGGUAACAAUGGAGCCAUCAAGUGUAUUGAUCAACACUGGAAAUAUAUUGUCUUUCAAUGAAUUGAAGUUAAAAGUGGGACAAAAUACCAACGAGGAGCUUGUCGAAGCGUUGAAGAUUACUUUGAGGGAAUCGCAGGCGAAAAAUCACGCUGCAAACGCUACCAACGGAACUGACCCUACAACUCUCGAAGACCGGAAGGAGUUGAAGAUCACAGUGAAGAUAUUUAUGCCCUCAGCAGAUCCAGACUUGUUAAAAAAGGCCAUAGAUGAAAGUUUCAAAAUUUUCGAUACAGACCGCAUCGAAACAUUGAUAUUGGCAUAUGGAGAAGCUAAAAACACUGAGAGUGAACUGGCACAGCUUCAGAGACUCUGGCCUGUCGUUGAAACAUAUGUCAAUGAUGGGAAAAUCUGCCAUGUUGGAUUCAGCAACGUUGAUACCGAACUUUUUAUCAAAUUGUACGAGUGGGCCACUGUCCGACCAAGCAUCGUGCAAAUAAAUCUCGCCUCUUGCUGUGUGGUUCCACCAGCCCUCCAAACAUUUACGAAAGAGCACGAUGUGCAGUUGUUGACACACAACGAUCCAUAUCAACUUCUGGGUAAAGAUUCGUUGGCCGACGUCGUCGGGGCUCCUGCUAAACUUCAGUGGGUCGUUAAAUACCAAGUGCACGUUAAAUGUCGAGGUGUUUUAACUGUUAAAGGAUAUCUAGUACAAUAUGAAAAAUGAUAUGUAUUAAAAUACUUAAAUACCCUUAUUAUUUUGAUUUUUUUACACUAUAGAUUGAACUUAUUUUUUGAGAAUGCGCUGCCGUUCGCCCUUUUUUAAUGAUUGUUGUUGAUUAAUUUGCCAGUAGCACAGCCAUUUUUAUGGAAAUUGAGAUUGUUUUUCUUUUUAGUCAUAAAUAUUACAAAUAACACAAACAAUGCUCGAAAAGUAUUGUACAUUAAUUAUGUAUUAUAAUGCCCGAAGGAAUUUUUGCUUAGUAAAUUAAAAACAAACCAUUCAACAAAAA